UUAUUUCUCAAUAAUCAAUAAUUUCGACUUAGAAAAUCCUCACCACGGCUUCAAGGUGAUGUUGCUGUUGGGGACAACUGUUAAAUUUUUUUUGCCUUAUGCUAUGCUUGCCUUUGGAGCUAAUUGGCAAAGGACUAAAUAACUAGGAAGUAAGAAUACACUUCACGGUAAGGUCAUAAUAUGAAUCUAAUUGAUGAAGGGGAGAGCUCUGGCAUGUUCGUCCAGCCAGCAAAGCGGAGACGUGGUCGUCCACGUAAAUAUCCAAGCUUAAAGCAAGCUGAAGCGGCUCAUACGCCCAGUUCUGAAGGAGGCAUAGCUUACCUUUCUCAGAGAUCCGACAGAACAAAGGAAACCGAGAGUAUGGUGGGCCAGUCAGUAACUGGUGUCGUUGAAGCCACUUUCGACUCUGGCUAUCUGCUUACUGUUAGAAUUGGCAACUCCAGUACCAAAUUGAAAGGUGUUGUUUUCAAGCCAGGACAUUGUGCUCCAAUUACAGCACAAAACGAUGUUGCCCCACAUGUUCAAAUGAUAAAAAGAAGCGACGUCCAUUUCAAUUUUGAAAACCAGAGUCAGACUCCUGUGGUGCCUUCGAAACGCAAAUAUGCACCACCCGGAAGAGCACCUGCUGCUCCUCCAGCCAGCAGUGUGGCUCCCGUUGCACCUCAACCCAUUAGUUAUCCAAAUGGAUCUCAAGAUUGCAACACUGGAGACGCUGAUGUGCACAUGGUUGAACCUUUGUCCAUGUUACCACCGGGUCGAUCCAUACCAGUUGGCCAGGUUUUUGUUCCCGUGCAACCUUAUCCCAACUGCCAAGUUGCCCCAGGUAGCCAGCAGCACGAUAAUGGCUUGUUCAAUAAAGGCAACCCAACAGAUAUUGAUGCUAAGAGCUCUUCCCAGACUUCAGAUACUAAACUUGAGGAAUCAUUGAAAUCUUCACCAGAAAACUCAGCUAUCGUUUCAGAACUAGACACUGGUAUUGGUAAUAAGCCCUUUCCGACUGAGACGCCACAUACAGAGCCUUUGUGCAAUUAUGGAGCUGGAAGGAUGACCGAGCUUUUGAAGGUUUUGCAGGAAAACUCAAAAGAGAAUCUGGUGCAAGUUGGUGAACAGCCAGCUUCAGCUACACAAGUUGAGUUCGAAGAUACUGUCCCGUGAUGCAAUAAUGCUAAAUUUACGCCUCGUCCUGUGAUCUGUCUGACUUUGGAUGCCAUAUUUGAGUUCAACAAAGAAGCGCAAAUGGUUACCCUCAUAUCUGGUAUAUGGUGUUUAAAAACUAUGAACUAGUAAUUUUCUCUUCCUCUGGAUUUAGGAGGGUUUUAUUUUCUCCUUCAUUGCUAUAGAUACAAAUAGAUAUGGACUCCAUUAGGGUGCAGUUAAAUUUAUCAAGUUUUGAUUUUAAUAUA